UUACUCGCUUUACUUUGAAAGGACCAAAAGGGGAAGUAUAACAUCCAGCUUGACUCCUCCCUUCUCAUUGGCUGACGGCGUGACGUCGUGCGUGCGUAGGCGCUUCCGCAUCUUGACUCGCAGUAGCUGCACAAACAGAAGAUGGCUGGUCACCGGUUGGUCCUGGUGUUAGGUGACCUGCACAUCCCCCACCGGUGCAAUACCCUGCCAGCCAAGUUCAAGAAGCUGCUGGUCCCGGGGAAGAUCCAGCACAUUCUCUGCACGGGAAACCUCUGCACCAAGGAGAGCUAUGACUACCUGAAGACCCUCGCUGGAGACGUCCACAUAGUGCGAGGAGACUUCGAUGAGAACCUGAACUACCCCGAGCAGAAGGUGGUGACGGUCGGCCAGUUCAAGAUCGGCCUCAUCCACGGCCACCAGGUGAUCCCCUGGGGCGACAUGGCCAGCCUGGCGCUGCUGCAGAGGCAGCUGGACGUCGACAUCCUCAUCUCUGGCCACACGCACAAGUUCGAGGCGUUCGAGAACGAGAACAAGUUCUACAUCAACCCGGGUUCGGCCACAGGAGCCUACAACGCACUGGAAAGCAACAUCAUCCCCUCCUUCGUUCUCAUGGACAUCCAGGCGUCCACGGUGGUGACGUACGUCUAUCAGCUGAUCGGCGAUGACGUGAAGGUGGAGAGAAUCGAGUACAAGAAAUCUUAAGAGCAGGAGGAAGAGGAGACGAGUUAACGUGGCUCAGUUUCUCAUUUCAUUCCUUUCCACCAGGAGGGAGUGGAGGGCGGUCAGCAUCCACCCGCGACCCUUCACCCCUCAAGACCCUUCACCCCUCGCAGUCACCACAAUGUUAGUCCAGCCACAAACUGUUGAGUAACUUAACUCGAGAACGCCCGUGUAUUAUAUUGUUUAUACGUCAUCAGCAUUUGGUCACUGUAGAGAAUGCAAUAAUCUCACGUGUAUUUGUUAUCAAAAGGAAUAUUUGGUGCCAUUUUCUCUCUUAUUAUUUUAGCUUUUUUAAAUUUUUAUUUCCACCCUCAUCAUGUCCUGGUUAUGUAACCAUCAGGCCUUUAGCAUCAUGUAGUUGAUCGUCCAGUCUGUUUCUUUUUUCUUUCCCCCUCACAAUAAAUAUCUAAUUUCA